UUUAGUUUGUGUACAUUUUUCAUUGCUGUCAAUUUCUGCAAGCAUCUUGUUUGCUUUUUUGUUGGUUAAUAUUGUGUUUUUAUUGUUUCAAAGUGAAUUUUUAAAAACAAUAUUAGUGUUAGUGCAACAAGUGGAAUAAAUUUCCGUUAAAGGAAACAGAAAAAGAAAAAAAUGGAACAUCUUCAAACUGCAUUAACAACAGUUAAAGUUCUUCGUUCAAGUGUCGGUCAAGUUUUUGAAUCUCUUGCAAAUGGUUUACGAGCUGAUCAUGGAGAAGAAAAUAAAGAAACAAAAUAUCUUUACGAACUUCAAGAACUAGUAAAUACAGUGGGACUUAGUUUAAGGGAUGUAGAACAGGCUAUCAAUAGUUUAAAUCCACCACCAGGUCCAUUUAAUUUGGCAAGUACAUCUUUUCUUGGACAGGAAACAACUCAAGAGAGACAAGCUCUUUACAGCUCGUUAAUUAAUAGUUACAAAUGGACGGAUAAAGUUCAUGAAUACAGUAAUAUUGCUCAGUCGUUAUUGAGUCAAAAUAAUUUAAAACGUUCCUAUACAAAUGCCAGCCGAGGAAAAAGAGGUAGAAUUCAGACGAGCACACAUAAUUUAUCUCCUCAACAAGUUGAUUCAGUUAUAACACAAUUUGAUCGACUUUUUCCUGACAUGACUUUUUCUAUUUCUCGUCCGUUUGCUGCAUCAAAUGCAAUUCUACAUAUAACGUUGGGACAUAUUUUAAAAGCAGUUGUUGCAUUUAAAGGAAUAAUGGUUGAAUGGGUUGUUAUCAAGGGCUACAAUGAAUCCAUGGAUCUUUGGACGGAAUCACGUUACAAAGUUUUUCGAAAAGUCACUGAAAAUGCUCACGCUGCGAUGUUACAUUUUUACUCGCCAGCUCUUCCUGAAUUAGCUUUACGUUCUUUUAUGACGUGGCUUCAUAGUAUGAUCUCAUUAUUCAAUGUACCAUGUAAACGAUGUGGUUUACAUUUACAUGGAGCUUUGCCUCCAACUUGGAGGGAUUUUCGUACUUUGGAACCAUUUCAUCAAGAAUGCAAACCCUAGUAAUAAAUGCAUUUUAUAACAAUUAAUUAUAAUUGUAAAUAAUAGUAAAAAGAAGCUCAUUAUGAUCUUUAAAAACAGGUAAAUUUAUAUUUUUCAUUUAUCACACGUAUUUUUAUCUUGUAAGUCUACUGGGAUUUUUUUUUUUAAUUUGAAAUAAAUUAAUACCUAAUUAUAGAAGAAACAAGACUUAAAAACAGAAAAAUGUGAUAAUUUUUUUUUUUUAAUAAUAAACAAUUUAAUUCACAAUAACGAAAUGAAAAAUAAAAGAAUUAAAGGAAGAAACAAUUUUUAAAUUUAAUUUCUAUAUUUAAUUAUUCCAUACCUCGAUGAUCAUUAAAAUUGCGAGCAUAUAAGUAUUAUAUAUCAAAUACACAAAAUAUCUUUUCAUAGAAGAUAGUAUCGUAUUAUCGAUAUUUUUCAGCUUGACAAUUUCAAAAGAUCAUUUAAAUACAUUGAUAUACGAUAUUAUUGAUUAAUGUUUUUUUUUCUUUAGUAAAAAUGUACAAUAUUCUCAACAAGUCAAAACGUUAACACCAAUUUACUCUCUUACAUUAUUUUCGAAAAAAAGUUUCCAGAUGAUUUUUUUUUUGUUCACGGAACUUAUUGAAUAAAUUUCUGCACACUAAUUGGUCGUCUACAUCGGGAGACUUUGUUAAAUAAUGUAAGAGUAAAAAAUGAUGUUGUAACAUAGUAUAUUUUGCAUCAGAAAAUAUAUAGAUGUCAAAAUUAGCACCUUUUUUUCUUCUUUAAUAAACGAUUCCAUUUUGACACCAAUUACCUUCAAAAAGGGGGUGCGUGUGUGAACUUCCAUAAAUCAGUUACAUAGCAAUUAUUUCACUUUUAUCUUUUUCGAUUUUUUUUUUGUCAGAAGUAUUUUCAAAAGUCUUACAUGGAUUUAUUGACCCAAAAGUUGAAAUCUAUUUAAAAUCACAAAAUUUUAAUUACAAUUUUUUAUUCUAAAGAAAUCAUUUUUCUAAAUUAAAUCAAAUAAGAAGAUUUUGCUAAAGUUAUAUUUAAAAUUUGAAAAUUGUUAAAUGCAAUUUUAAAUUGAAAUGAGCCGUAAAAUUUGAAUUUUAUAAUUGCAAUCUUGCUUUUUCUGAAUAUAUGUAUAUAUAAAAUUUUGCAAAUAUUUACACGUAAAACAGAGAUUCAUAAUUACAACUACAUAUGAUAGCAGAUUUUUAGAUAAGAUUGAAUUCACAAAUAUUUUCAUAAUAUAUAACAUUGAAUAAAUAUGUGUUGGCUCUUAUAAUAAGAAAAAGUAUUACUUUCAAUUAUAUUUUCACUAAAAAAUGAUUAAGUAUUGUGGCAACAUUAUAUCAUCUAAAUAUUAUAAAAACAAUUAAUUAAUAAUAUUAUAAUUGAUUUAAUUCAAAAUGGAAAAUCGUAUUUUUUUUUCUCUAAACCGGAGAUUAUAUAAGGAAAUGAUUAUUGCCUAAUUAUGUUAAACAGAGUUGUGAAAAAUAUAAUUAUUAUAUUUUUUACAAUAAAAGAAAACAUUACAGAGACGAAGCCAAUAUUCCACGCACGUUGUAAAUAAAAUAAACCCAUUUGUUAGCGUUUAAUCACAUGAAUUUGUUUUGAUAAAAAUUGUAAACAUUUCUUUCUUUUUUUUCAAUUAAUUCUAAAUAUAUAUAUAUAAUAUCAAGUGAUGAUUGAAUUCAGCCUUCAGGUAAAAUGAGUCGAUUUAAAACUAUAACAGGAAAACAACUACUUGAUGAAUAUUAUUUUAACUAAAAGUAACAAUUCGAUUAUUUUUUCAAUUAAGAAAAAAAAAAUAUAUAAUACACGACAUUUUGGCACAUAACCCCCGGAAUAAUUGUUUUUACUUUCUUUUUUCAUAUGGAAUUGCAUAUAAUGAUAAAUAAAAAAAUUCAUCAUCCCAAUUUUUCCAUUAUAAAUAACAGUUGAAUAUAUAAAUUUUCAUUUUUUUUUUUGUUGAAAAUUUAUUAAUUCGACAACAAAAUACUACUGAUAAAAUGGUAAUAUAAAAAAAUCUAUAUACUUUCUUUUUUUUUUUUUGAACACAAUUAUUCAGUUGUGUGCUACAUUUAAAAAAUCAACAACUGAAAUACCGCAGUAAUUAUAUUUUAAAUGCGGAUUAAAAAAACAAGGAAGUAAAAAAUCACAAUAUAAAUUAUGCUUUGUUUUUUUUUUUAAAAAAAAAGAAA